AUGCAGUCGCAACCCACAAACGCGACCCAGGCGAAGGACAGGAAUUAUAUGCAGCUCGGCCACAGCCUUGCCAGGAUGUCGCGCGCGAUCGCGCAGACUGCAGACCUGUGCGAGCUGAUGAAAGUCAAUCUUGACGCGAUGCGCGUUCUCUCUGCCUCCCAUGCUGCUCAGUUCAUGACGGUAGCCAUGGAGCUAAACCCUGAUGAUGCCGAAGAGGACCAGCGAGAGUGA